AUGGACAUGUCAGAGAUUCAGGCUGCUCAGCAACUCCAGGAAACUACAAACUUCACCCCAAUCUCUGACUUCCUCCUCCUGGGCUUCUCUCAACACCCUGAACAGCAGCCACUCCUAUUUGGGCUCUUCCUGGGCAUGUACCUGGUCACCAUAGUGGGGAACCUGCUCAUCAUCCUGGCCAUUGGCUCUGACCAUCACCUCCACACCCCAAUGUACUUCUUCCUGGCCAACUUGUCUUUCAUCGACACCUGCUUCUCCUGCACUAUUGUCCCUAAAGUGCUGGUCAACCUCCAGACACAUCAUUACACCAUCUCCUACACUGGAUGCCUUCUGCAGAUGUAUUUCUUCAUGACAUUGGCAUUGCUGGAUGACUUUCUGUUGGCCGUUAUGGCAUAUGACCGCUAUGUGGCCAUCUGCCUUCCUCUCCACUACACCCUCAUCAUGCAUCCCCAACGCUGCCGGCUCCUGGUCACCACGUGCUGGCUCUGCUCCCACCUCCUGGCCUUCUCACUCACUCUCCUCAUGUCUCAGUUCUCCUUCUGUGCCUCCCGUGCCAUCCCACACUUCUUCUGUGAUCUCCUGCCCCUCCUCAGACUUUCCUGUUCAGACACCUGGAGUUUUCAGCUCAUGAUGUUUGCUGAAGCAGCCCUCUCAGGAGUGGUGCCACUCACCUGUGUCCUGGUCUCUUAUGCUCACAUCAUCCACACUAUCCUCAAGGUCCCUUCAGCAGGGGGGAAGCACAAAAUCUUCUCCACGUGUGGAUCUCACCUGACAGUUGUUAAUCUUUUCUAUGGAGCUGUCUUUCUGGUCUAUUUCCAGCCUUCAUCCUCCUACUCAGAAGACACUGGAAUGAUGGCAUCUGUGGUAUACACAAUGGUUACUCCCAUGCUGAACCCCUUUAUCUACAGUCUGAGGAACAAGGAUAUGAAAGGGGCUUUGUGGAAACUUCUUGCCUGGAAUAAAUGCUCCAAUACAUGA